AUGAUAAUUGGGCAGGCUCGGACAGGGAAGACCAGUCUAAAGAGGUCUUUGAAAGGGGAAAUGUUCAAUCCAAAUGAGGGAAGCACGGAAGGGAUAGAGACAGAUCCGUCCUAUUUUAAAGUCUCAACAGACGUUUGGAGGACAGGAAAGAAUGGCAAAGAUACCGAAUCAGAGCCAACGUUUUCGUUUGAACACCAGGCAGCCCAGCGGGUAGCUGAAAGCUUAAAGGAAAGAAAGACAGGAAGCUAUAAUACUGAGGAACGUUCACGGACUUCUAGCAGUAGCGGGACCUUACCACCCAAAAUUAUCAAGAAAGCGAAAGAUCUUUCUGAUGAACUUAGUAUUAUUAUGACCGAGCAGUCGCCUCAAGACUCCAAACUAGUCGAAAAAGCCAAAACCGAUUCACAGGAACCUGGCGCUGAAGGGAUGACCCCAUCACGUCAAGUCUCCCAUGAUCAUCUGCGUGUGCUAAAGCUACCAGAGGAUAUAGCGGCAUUGGUUCAGAGGUUGCUUGAAAAGAAUGGCAACGACAAAGACGAUAUAUAUUCCAUCAUUUGGGAUUUUGGAGGGCAGUCUGUUUACUAUGACACACAUCCAAUUUUUCUGACACGAAGGGCCAUCUACAUUUUGGCUUGUAACUUAAGUUGUGAUCCAUGCCAGAAAGCUGUUCCUCCUACAAAAAAAGGCAUGGGUGAGAAUAUGGAGGACGUCUGUUGCAGCAAAACGAAUCUCGAUUAUCUUGAUUUUUGGAUGUCAUCAGUUUACUCUUUGGUACGUCCAGAUUGGGUCAGUAAGGAAUUGCCUGUGGUGUUCCUGGCUUGUACACAUGCUGACAAGCAAAGCCAGAGUGCGAACCCUAGUAAAAUCUAUGACUCCCUAAAAGACAAGGUUUAUAAAGAACUUCUUAAAGGCCUGUUUGUUGUAGACAACACAAAGUCAGGAAGUGAUGAUGAGUGCCGAGGCGUAAAAAAGCUAAGGGAAAAAGUACUUUCUGUUGCCAAAAAGCUUCCACAAAUGCAAGAAGACAUUCCUCUAAAGUGGUUAAAGUUUGAAAAGGUUCUGUAUCUCUUGAGCCAGGAUGGCUAUAAAUGGAUACCCAUCGAGAAAGCAAGACAGAUUGCUACGGAAGAAUGUGGAAUUUCUGACGAUGAGGAAACAAUUCGAACACUACUUAACUUCUUGCACGAUCAGAGAGUUUUGAUCCAUUUUAGUGAUUCACCAGAAUUAAAGAGCAUGGUCAUUUUGAGCCCGCAGUGGCUCAUUGACGUGUUCAAGGAGGUAAUCACGGUCAAAAGUUGGGAGGACGUGGAAGACUUUGGGGAUCUAUGGCGUAGUUUUCAGGAGACUGGAAUCUUGGAUGAAAACGUUUUAGAUGAUGCAUGGAGGUCUUUGAUUGAUACAGAUGAUAACCGAGAAACCUGCAAAAGCACCCUCAUUUCAAUAAUGGAGAGAUUUAAUCUUCUUUUUUCAUGGCCAUCAUCGGAUGGGACUACGAAGCAGUACCUUGUACCAUCCAUGUUAAUGUCUCCUCCUACAGAGAAAGUCCUUCAGCACCUUGAUUGUGUACGAACCCCUUCACUUUUUGUGGCGUUUGGAUCACGAAGAGUGCCUCCAGGCUUUUUCUCGCGGCUUCUCCUGCUGUUUUAUCGGUUGUGUCAAGAAGAAUGGAAGAGAGAUAUAAAUCCUCAAUUGUUCAAAGAUUUUGCUAUGUUUCACAUUCUUCCUGAACGUGCAAUUUCCUUAGUAUUUAUGUUGCAUUCUUCAUCCAUCGAAAUAGUUUUUCACGAUGGAAAGGAUGCUGGUGAUCUGAAUACAAGCCGAACCAUUUAUUCGCAACUGAAAUGUCUUCUUGAACGUAUUUGCAAGGAGUUCUUCUGGUUAAAACACGUGAAGUACAGAAUGUGCGUUUGCUGUCCUGUAUGUUCUCAAGACGACUUUACGUGCGGUGCUCAUGGCAUGCGUGGUUGCGAGUGCUUGCACUUUUUAUCGGAGUCAGAGUUGCGUGAGCGGCCAUACUGCAACAAACCUGGCGUUUGUGGAGAUCCUACAAUUACCAUCUCGAUGUUCGAACAUUGGUUUGCUUUGUCGGACUCACCUCAGCAAAGCGGGAUUCCACUCACUCAGGUUAGUUCUUAAACUCGCUUUUCCAAAACACGAUCGUGAGCGGUUCAUUCCCCAAUCAAGGAACUUUAAUUACAAGCUUUGGUCGUGAUGGUUUCUGGGAUAGCAUGGGUGGAUACUGAAGCAUUAGCGUAAUUAGUUGACCAUUCAUAAUUAACAGUUCCGGCCAAAUGAUCCCAGAAAUCCUUGUGACGAAAGCAUCAACCCCUUAGUUUCUUGAGUGGCGAAUUUAUCUUUUUAGACUGUUUCCAACAAGUGCCUAUAGCCUUUUUGCCAGAAAUUGAAGGCGAUGAAAAACAGUACCACACACAUUGGCUGUGGUUACACGAGGCAACUCCAGCAGAAAAAGAUAAGGUUUAAUUUACCGAGGUAAAGCGGUAUUUUCCCGUUUAAAAGAUUUUCAUUUACCCAGUCGGGAAUAUUUGCCCAGGAAAAUGUCAUAGCAGAGUAACUGAGAACGAUACCAUUCAGUGAGAAGUCGAGUUGUGGAGACUUCACCUGCCCUGCGCAAUCGAAAGGCUAAAUUGUCACCAUGAUGUAAUUUGCAUACGGCGUUGCUGUGAGUAUGAAAUUUGAACGGAAUACUCGGAAAUGCGGAGGUUUAUUGCAUUUAUAUUUAUGUGUAUCAAGAACUCUGUUUUUGUUGUUGUUGUUGUUAAUACGAGUUUAUUCGUGAUAUUAAAGGAAACCUGAACCUGACGUUUUUCCAGUCGUUUAAGUUGGAAAGCACAAACAUCUCUCGAUCGUCCGAUAGAUGUUUUCUUCCUCAAAACUUUGCUUUAAAAUUUACAACUCUAGUCCACGGGUUACGCAAAGGGUACGUGAAACCUCAACUUCCCCGGUGAAAUUCAACCACAACUGUUUACCCUAAUCGUGUUUACGGCCUUGGGUGGCGUAACGUCGGGUAUUAUGCCCUUUCUUCAAACAAUAGUCAAGUACUCUAUAAAUUCUCUACUGAAUUUAGAGUAAUUCACGAGCGAUAAACUUCGAGAAUUUCUUUCUGUCUUUUCAAUAUGAUUCACCACAUUCGUCUGUUUCAACUUCCAACUUUUGCUGCGAAAUACGAACGUGAUGAACCAAACAUUAAAGCAAUGACAAAACUUGGUCUUUUCUCAAUUAAGCAAUAAUCAUGAUCAAGUAUUAUUUAUUUUCUCCAGUUCAAUAUAAACCAUUCACGAUAAAAACCUUUUUCUAGAGCGUAUCUAAACUUUACAACCGCGAAACCAGUUAUUAUCAGGUAUUCAGUUCUUACGCAAACCCUGGAGUGAUCAUUAGGCGUGCUUGUUUUUCCAGUACUGCUUUCGACUCUCGCUGGCCAUGAAGCCCUUUGGUCGUCAUUGUUCGUGGUCUACAUUUUUUUGAAGUGACUACGUUUUCUUCGAACCGAGUGUCAAGGGAGGCUUGCCGUAAAUGGGUUGAUGAAAGCCGUAUGAAUUUUUUUCAUUUUUUCAAAUUAUGUUCUUCACAGGAACGAAGUGCUAUUGAAGGUGACAACACUGGAAAACGCUGCUUAUGUUGUAGUGAAGGUAAAUAACCGAUUUUCGUUGUUAUGUCUACAACCGUAAUCCCUCGGAAUUUCAAUUACCAUCAGUGAUUACUACCGUUUCGUCCCCUCAAGGAGUUCAAGGCUUGAGUCAAAGGGUGUUUGGAGCAUAAUAAGUGAUUGGCAAUCUCUCUUGUUAGGAGACCUAAAACAAAAUGAAUUUUUCCCCAAAAGUCAAUCUUAAGGUUUUCUUGUGCGUGAACGUUUAAUUCUGGUCGCGAGACAUGACACGUCACCAAAUAUUUAAAAUGAAGGAAAUUGGCGAAUUAGUGGCGAAUUUACUUUGUUUGGAUAAACAAAUUGACAUUUCUGAAAGAGGAUAAACAUACCUAACUUUCUACGUUUGGAAUGAGUGUACGCGAAGUUUAAAAUUAAUGUUUUAUUUAUUUAAGAUUAAAUUUGGACAUUUAAAAUGAUAUUUUCCCUCAUGGGUUUUUAUUGAAAUGCAAUAGACGGUCUCUCCAAACGUGAAGUGUUAAAAAUAUUUAAUAUGAAUAAGAAAAACGUUUUUGCUCGAUUUCUUUUCUUAAACCGGCCACCAAUUGGUCAAUAAUUAACAAUUUUUCGCAAAAUGGUCACGUGACAUACACGUAACUGAUUAACACAAUAUUUAUACUUUAAAAUGUUAGGGCAAUGAGUUUUUUAUCUGUCCUAAAUUUUGAUUCAGUGCCAUCAACUAUGCCGAAGUUAAAGCCAAUAAAUCAUUUUCCACAGGUAAACCCCUUACUCCCAGUCCUAGCCUGCAUAAAAGGCGCUUUAUGAGCCAAGCGAGGCAAACGCGGCGUUUUGCGCGAAGCGCGAAACGAGUGCAAAGCGCGAGACGAGGGGCGGAGAAAAAUAAAGCGCCUAUUACCAGUCCAUUGUUCUGGCUCUUCCGCCCACCUACGCCCACUGACUGACGGCGGUGAUGUCAAAAGGACCAAUCAAAACACGAUCCAUUACUAAAAAAUUGUCACCCUUCUGGCUACCAGAAACACCGACAACAGCAUAAAACACAGGAAAUAACUGCGAGGGGGAAAUCACCUUCAAUAAUGUAAGACUCAGUGCGGCAAAAGUAAGAUUUGUUCAUUCAUAGUUUAGUUAUGUCCAACCCAGCGGCGAGAAAGAAAAGAGGGAAAACGUGUUGUUUAAACAAAUUCCAACGUCACGAGCUUAUGAGUCGUGUUUGGCCUGUCAACACUUAAUUUAAAAAAGUUAGUAAAUCAGGCUUUUUCCUAACCUAGUUGGAAGCAAUCCAAGAACAUCUUUCCUCUUAAGCAAUAAAUUUAAACAUUUCUUUUGUUUUUCUUUUAUUUCUGGAACAUUUGGAAUUAAACGAGUUGAAAGGCUUCUCGAACAGCAUUGUCAAAAGAACAUGAAUGCGUGACAGUUAUUUUUGUUCCAGAAAACAUGCCAGAACAACGCGUUAUCAGUGGACCAAUUGGAACGCAACGUUCAUGUAGUGAACGUGGGAAGAGCCAGAACAAUGUACUGGUAACAGGCGCUUUAUUUUUCUCCUCCCCUCGUCUCGCGCUUCGCGCAAAACGCCGCGUUCGCCUCGUUUAGCUCAUAAAGCGCCUGUUAUGCAGGCUAUCCCAGGCCUUAAACUACUUGAGCCCAUCUUUAAAGUAACCUCAUUGGGAUCUUGUUGAGAUUAAGGUAAUGGAAUUCUUCCUUGCCUACAUCAUAGGCAAUUUAACCAUCUGUGCAGUAUACAAAAAACACGCUUUCAGAUUUCCAAAACGUGUUGGGGAUGCGCUUUGAUUGUGGGUUUAACGUUGACAACAAAAACCAAGCCCGAUUUUAACCCUUAAAGAGGGCCUACAUAUGACAAUUUUGUAACAUCCUAACUCGUGCUACUGUGACCCCAACAAAUAUCUCAUGGCUACAUCCUUUUUUAACGUUUCCCAUUUUUUGCCUCGCUGGACAGGGACGGGAAGGGGAGUAUAGGGCAUUUUGCAAUGUGCCUUUUACCUUUUUGUAUUUAUUUAUAAAGUCAAUUCAUAUUGCAAUGUUACUCCUUACUUGUUAAUCAGGCUGGCGAUUUUCAUACUUUUUUUUCAUAGAGACUGCAUCUAAAGAUUCGGCCACUGAUCCACCUGAAGUCAUUGCUCUUCAGAUAAGGAAGAAAGAUCUUCCUGCAAAGUCAAAACUUUUUGAUGAUUGCCAAAUGCAAGUCGAUAUUUUGUUACUGACGGCGAUGAAGGAAGAUACUUGCGAGGAUUGUGAAUUUCUAAGCUGUCUUGCACGUCUGAAUCCUUAUUUCUGUAAGAGUUACCACCCAGACCUUGGCUACGUGUACCUCGGAGAUAUGGGAGAAGAUGAUUUGAACCUAAACGUUGCUGUUAUUAAGUGCUACGAGGGUUCCAGCUCUACGAGAGGUUCUCUAGUUGUUGUAAUAAACGCUGUCAAAGUCUUGAAGCCGAAAGCAGUGUUUUGUGUGGGUUCUUGCAGUGGCCUAAAUGUCACCAGAGUUAAUCUUGGAGACGUAGUAGUUUUGAAGAAGUUAGUAACAUACGCUUUUUCCAAAGUUACGGAAAAUGGCAUUGAGGAACUCGGAGUCAAAGUUCCAUUAAAGCCUCAUCUUUCAAAAUUGAUUCUAAGUGCUGGUGAUGGCUGGAAGCCACCUUUGAAAGAUCCAAGAGCACUCGAGGUAAAGAUACAUCGCGGCACCUUUCUGAGUGGACCGGAAGUUAUAAAUAACCACAAGCGGUGUAACGCACUCAUCGAACGAUUUCCAGAAGCAGUUGCUAUAGAACGAGAAGGUGAAGGUAAGUUUCUUGGCCUGCAGGUCAUGUGUUACCAGUGUGCAUGAAUUCAAUUUAUGAAGUAAGAAAUGGUUUUCUAUUGUAAGAGAACAUUCUUUUAGGGCCGACUUCUGUGAAUCAGAUUCAAAUAGGGAUCCACAAGAAUCUAAACUGUCGUUUUCAUUACACACUUAUCGCCAUAUUAAACCCGGGUUUUGUUUGAGUUUGCAGUUUUUUGAGCGCCUGUUGGCUUUAAGAAAGAGUUUCUUAUUCCUCUUCUUGUCACCUGACUAUCUUGCCCUAUAUCUUAGGUUAUUGUAUACCACACAAAAAAGGUCUGUGGGUCUCGGUACACGAUAUUUUAUUGUAUGACCUCAUUGCCCUCGCAUAUUGAUGCUUUAAAAUCAAGUGAUAAUUAAGUCUUGUUGACUGUCUCUAUUCUUGACCUGGUUUUUUCCACCGGCGUCUGCAUUUGUCAACUGUUAACUCCACGUCUCUCCAUUUCUCACAAAUCUCCUUUUCAGGUGUGUUUGCAGCAGCGCAUGACCUGGAUAUUGAGUGGAUAGUUAUUAAAGGAAUUUCAGGCUACGCUGAUGGCAGAAAAGUUAAGGAUUCUUGGAGAACGUUCGCAAGUCUUAUGGCAGCUUCUCUAACGGCUCACAUUCUCAGCGACACAAUUGCUUUUCAAGCCUUGCCACACUAUGGGAGUGCAAGUUAG